AUGAGCGUUAGGAUAUACGGCCAGGAUGAGAUGCGGGUGAUAUAUUGUAUGGAUGUCUACUCGAGUAUAUCCGGUGGCAAACCCGCUAGCAAGGAACGAGGCACAGGCAAGCAUUCGCAUGGACGCAAGAAAACUGUGCCGUCCACUGUACGUUAUCCGUUCGUAUUCGAAAAGCUGGACGAUGAUCUGCGGCCAUGCUACGUCUGUCACCAGACCUGCUUCUUCUCGUCUGUGACGUGCAUUAGGUGUGAUGAGCGUGAGCGAAUGGCGUGUUUGCAAUGCUCCCGCGAAGGACCUCUGUGCCACCAUGACGGUGUCCACAGGGUGCUCAAUUUGCGAUACACUAUGCAGCAACUCCGGGAUGUGCUGAGUAAACUGAAGGAACGGGGAAACUCGGCUGUCGAGUUCGCCAACAAGUUGAAUGCGCUGCUGAGCGGCAGAGGUGCCAAGAGCAGGACUACCUCUCCUCGCAUCAGCAGAUGCGGCACACCCGUCCCCAACGGACGCCUGUCUGGACUUCUGGAUGGGUCAGACACAAAGUUCGGUACAGUAACUGUGGGUGGACUGAGCGAACCCGGAGUGUUGUCCCUGGAACAGAAGAAGGCCACCAUGGAGGAGUUUGUCAAGUUUCUCGACACUGUGAGGAAUGAGGGCGACGAG